AUGAGCUUGCCCGUACCUAAGGAAGAGCCGGAUACCAAGGCCGCAUCAAUAACCCUCGAGCGUUCAGACUCCGCGCAGAAUGGAAUCAUCAGUGUCACCGCCACCCCGAAGUUAGAGGCCGUCCCGAAGAAUCAUUCCGAAAGCAAUGGAUUUCUCUCAGCGCCUCUUUCCGGACCCAUCCGGCCGCAUUCACCAGAUACGCUCUCGAACCUCUCUGCAGACGAAUAUGAGCAGAUGCACAAUGAGACGACGGCAUCGUUAGAACGAACCCACAGUAGGCCUGUACCAACGCUGCCGGGAUGGCGAGGGAAACUACAGGAGUUCUGGAUUCGCAACAAAGGCCUGGUCUUGAUGCUCAUCGCGCAAGUAUUCGGAACUGGGAUGAACGUCACGACUCGGCUAUUGGAAGUUGAGGGAAACCAAGGCAAAGGCCUCGACCCUUUCCAGAUCCUGUUCGUUCGCAUGGGCAUUACGUUCCUGCUGUCAACGGCAUACAUGUGGUGGAAGAAGACUCCGCACUUCCCCCUCGGAAUGCCAGAGGUCCGAUGGCUGCUCGUUGCCCGUGGAUUUGGGGGUUUCUUCGGUGUUUUCGGAAUGUACUACUCCUUACUGUACCUACCGUUGGCAGAUGCGACGGUCAUCACUUUCUUGGCUCCAGGACUAGCAUGCUGGGCAUGCUCUCUCCUAAUCAAUGAGCCGUUUACCAGGAUAGAGCAAAUCGGGACCAUCGUCUCCUUCACAGGUAUCAUCUUCAUCGCUCGACCUUCGACUCUGUUUCAGGCUCUUGGAGUGGGUAGUGAUGGGCAAUCAGCGGGAAGUACGGGCGACAUGGUGCCUGGCGCUGGGAACGGUACAGCAACGACAUCACCUGCAGAUGCUUCAAACUACGACAACGUCACUCCAAUGCAGCGGCUGAGCGCUGUUGGAAUUGCUCUUCUGGGCGUUGUUGGUACUGUCACCGCGUUCACUACGAUACGAUGGAUCGGCAAGCGUGCUCAUCCACUCAUCAGCGUCAACUACUUCGCUGUAUGGUGCACGCUUGUCUCGGUUGUGAUGAUGAUCGUUCUGCCAGAUGUUGGCUUCGUUCUGCCGAGUGAUUUGAAGGAAUGGGGCUACCUCCUGUUUCUGGGAAUUUGUGGCUUUGUCAUGCAAUUCCUGCUCGCGGCCGCCCUUGCGUACGAGAAGUCUUCUCGAGCAACCAAUAUGACCUACACACAGAUGCUGUUCGCUCUCGCGGCCGACAAAAUGAUCUUCGACCACACCCCGGGCGUACUCUCGAUCAUCGGCUCAAGCCUGAUCCUCGGAUCAGCGAUUGUCGUUGCACUGCAGAAGAGUACAGAUGAGACGGCACCGAAGGAGAGCAUGGAAGGAAGCCAUAUGAUGGUAGAUGAAGAGGCACAGAGAGGUCUACUUGGACGCUUAAGGGAUGUUCAGACAGGCGAAGAUCACGACAGGUUACCGUUGCAAGAGGUGCAACUCAGGACAGUUCGAUAG